CUCUGCUCAGGGAACCUUUUCUUUUGUGUCUCUGAGCCUGUGGGUCUUACUGUGCCACUUUUAGUACUACUCCUUGCUUACUCUGUUUCUCAUCAUGCCCUCUUCUCUUUAUUCUUUGUCACUUUCUGCUAACAUCUCUGUGAGCCUAUCUUAACGUAAUCCCCGUCUUUGUCACUUCACCUUCACCACUUUGCUUCAUUCCCUCUCUUCUUAUCAUUUAUUAAGCUUCACUCCACUCAUUCUUGGGCCCCUUCACUAUGCCUUUCCUUUUAAUUACUCUUUUUUCACUGUUCUUUAGUGUUUACACUGUUCUGGUGGCACCCCACUUUGAUACUUGCUGUGUUGUUUGCUCCGUUCAUGGGUUAAAGUAGUGUUGAACAAUAGCUGCUAGAUUCUCUCAUGUGUUGUUGUUGUCCUUGCAGUUUUUUAGAUGUAUCUGGAUGAGAACAAGUCCCUGAUUCUGAAGAUUGUUGAAAGCCAGAAUUCUGGCAAGCUGAGCGAGUGUGCCGAGAACCAAUCCAGGCUGCAGAGAAAUCUGAUGUACCUUGCUGCAAUAGCUGAUUCCCAGCCCCAACCACCUCCUAUGCCUGGUCAGUAUCCUCCCAGUGGAAUGAUGCAGCAGGGAGCACACUACAUGCAGGCUCAACAAGCUCAGCAGAUGUCACAACAACAGCUAAUGGCUUCACGCUCCUCCCUCUUAUACGCACAACAACCCUUCUCAGCCCUUCAACAGCAGCAGCAGGGCUUGCAUAGCCAACUUGGCAUGAGCUCCAGUGGAAGUCAAGGCUUUCACAUGAUGCAAAGUGAAGCCACAACUGUAGGGGGCAAUGCAGCCAUAGGUUCUGGAGGGUUCCCUGAUUUUGUACGCAUUGGUGGCAGUGGCAAGCAAGAUAUUGGAAGCUCUGGUGAAGGCAGAGGAGGAAGCUCUAGUGGCCACUCUGGUGAUGGUGGUGAGACCCUUUAUCUGAAAUCUGCAGCUGAUGGAAACUAAACUAGUCUGGGAGAAUACUGAAGUUUCCUUUGGCCUUUAGUGGUUUAUUUAGUUAGGAGAAUUAGGCAGUGGAUGUUUAAGUAGAGGAAGAAGAAAGGGAAAAACUUGCUGCACUUGUUGCUUAGAUAUGUUGUUUGUUUAUCUUGUGCUAAAGACAAACAAUCUAAUCACUGUCUUAAUGUUUCUGCAGUAUUACUAGUAGUAACAUGAUGCAUGCUUUAUUUUCUGGUGUAAAGCUUUAGUCAUAAAUGUCAAGGUCACAGAUUCACCA